CGAAGAUAUCUUCCUGCCUCCACUUCCUCUUCCUCUAGGUAGCCUGGGAGAGUGAGCGAGCAAGCAAGAAAUUGGUAACAAUGGAUCUAAGUGACAACCAGAUUCAGAUACUCGAGAGGACUUUCAAGGUGUUCCUCUACCCUGAUGAGACCCAGCGCGCCCAUCUCGGCCGCGAACUUGGCAUGCAGCCACAGCAGAUCAAAUUCUGGUUCAAGAACCGCCGUGCCCAGAUGAGGAGGUGUUUGUGCUUGAAGCCAUGGCAGGCCACGGAUGAGCAGGUUGACAACCAUUUAUCCGACUCGGAGAACCACGAGAUCGACUCAGAGAACGACGAGAUUGACUCAGAGAACGACGAGAUCCACCAAGACAAAUUCGCCAUGUGGGUUUGUGGAUGGAGGGCUGAUCCAUUGAAGUAAACUUAGUGCAUGCCCUAGGUUCUUUUUCCUUCAAUCUGUUUGUUCCGAAUAACGUGCCAUAGAGCCGCCUCCGAGCAGAUGGUACGCACUGAGAGUCGGUCUCGACGGCAAACAUGUCUGCGUCGAGUCCAUGCAUCGAGUCCAUGUGUCAGGUUGGGGUCGCUCCUGUUUCUACCACGUCAUGAACCGAGUCAUGGGAUGGCAUGGCACAUCGGAUCAAACACGAUAAUAGGGGAGCUGUAGAUCAUGCACGCAUGAUCUGAUUCGUGGGAUGGCACGAGUCAUUAGGAACGUGGUGUGUGUUUAGGUCGAUCGUGCAACGACCGUACUUUCUCUCUGUAUUCCAAAUAAAAAAGCUGUAGCAAGUUUUAAUGGCAUCAAA